GGCUCCUAUUGACCCGGGCGCUGAGCAGGCGGCGCUGUGGCCGCACCGAGAGGGACAUCAUGGAAUGAGUCCGCGCGGGGCUCCAUGGCUGCGCUGGGCUACGCGGACCUCGCGCUCUCUGUGCGCUCGUCGGUGCCCGGCCUGGUCAGUCGCGCCGCAGCUGCCGCUGUCGCCACCGCCGGCGGCCGCCCCUCCCUGCACCCCGCCGACCCGCUCCUCCCUCCGCCGCUGGGCCCCACCCCCCGCACUCCCGCAGCUCUGGCACCCGUGGAAGGGCCCACGGCUUGCUCCGCCCUCUCGAGUAACGGGGCAGCGGGUGACCCGCGGAUUCCACCAGCUUGUGGGGCUUCCAUCCAUCCACUGCGGACCAUCCCAAGCCUUCCUGUGUGCCCAGAGCCCCCGGAUGACCCACUAGAUCUUAUGACCUUCUCCAGAGGGACUCAUCUUCCUUGGUCCUCACCUCUGCAAAGCAUCGCAGUCCCCCUAGGCUCCUACCUCAGCCAGAGCCUGGGCCUCACCAGAGCUCUCGAAACUGGCACCCGUUGGUCCCUGCCCACCUCUAAAGUCACCUUCUCAGCAAGGCAUCCUCUGACCACCUCUGAAGACAGCCUCUCCUUGUUAUUGUCAUCACGUUCUGUGGACUCAAGCCUUCAUGUCACUCAUCACCACCAGGCAGCAUGUAUGCCCGUGUAUGCUCAUGUGUCUAAACCUACCACACUGUGAGUCUCUAAGCUCUGUGGGGGCAAGGGCCAUGGAAGUCCUUGUCAUCACUGUCCCUGGCUCAUAGUGGGAGUUCAUGAAAUAUUUGUUGAAUGAGUGAGUUUGAAUGAGCAAAUACAUGAACUCUUGACA